AUGCUGCUGCUGUCGCCGCCCGCGCUCCGCCGCGCCCUGCUGGCUCGCCCGUGGAGGGCUGCCGGGCUGUGUUGGAAGCACGUCUCCUCCCUGAAGGUGGCCAAUGAGCCCGUCUUGGCAUUCACGCAGGGCAGCCCUGAGCGAGAUGCACUGCAGAAGGCCUUGAAGGAGCUGAAGGGCCGGACGGAAGCCAUCCCGUGUGUGGUGGGGGACGAGGAGGUGUGGACUUCGGACGUGCGGUACCAGGUGUCUCCCUUUAACCAUGGACACAAGGUGGCCAAGUUCUGCUAUGCAGACAAGGCCCUGCUUCACAGAGCCAUCGAGGCCGCCUUGGCCGCCAGGAAAGAGUGGGACCUGAAGCCUGUUGCAGACCGGGCCCAGAUCUUCCUAAAGGCAGCAGAUAUGCUCAGUGGGCCGCGCAGGGCAGAGGUCCUGGCCAAGACCAUGGUGGGACAGGGGAAGACGGUGAUCCAAGCAGAGAUCGAUGCCGCGGCCGAACUCACUGACUUCUUCCGAUUCAACGCCAAGUUUGCCGUGGAGCUGGAGGGGGAGCAGCCCAUCAGUGUGCCGCCCAGCACCAACAGCGUGGUGUACCGGGGGCUAGAGGGCUUCGUGGCAGCCAUCUCCCCCUUUAACUUCACUGCGAUCGGCGGCAACCUGGCAGGGGCGCCGGCCUUGAUGGGCAACGUGGUCCUGUGGAAGCCCAGUGACACUGCCGUGCUGGCCAGCUAUGCCGUCUACCGCAUCCUCCGGGAGGCUGGUCUGCCCCCCAACAUCAUCCAGUUUGUGCCAGCUGACGGACCCACGUUUGGGGACACUGUCACCAGCUCGGAGCACCUGUGUGGCAUCAACUUCACAGGCAGCGUGCCCACCUUCAAACACCUGUGGAAGCAGGUGGCCCAGAACCUGGACCGGUUCCACACCUUCCCGCGCCUGGCCGGAGAGUGUGGCGGGAAGAACUUCCACUUUGUACACCGCUCGGCCGACGUGGACAGCGUGGUGAGCGGGACCCUGCGCUCGGCCUUCGAGUACGGCGGCCAGAAGUGCUCGGCCUGCUCCCGCCUCUACGUGCCCCGCUCGCUGUGGUCGCAGAUCAAAGGGCGGCUGCUGGAGGAGCGCAGCAGGAUCAAAGUGGGCAACCCUGCAGAGGAUUUUGGGAGCUUCUUUUCCGCCGUGAUCGAUGCCAAGUCCUUCAGCCGCAUCAGGAAGUGGCUGGAGCACGCCCAUUCCUCGCCCAGCCUCACCGUCCUGGCCGGGGGCCAGUGUGACGACUCCGUCGGCUACUAUGUGGAGCCCUGCAUCAUCGAGAGCAAGGACCCCCAGGAUCCCAUCAUGAAGGAGGAGAUCUUCGGGCCUGUGCUGACCGUGUACGUCUACCCAGAUGACAAGUACAAAGAGACGCUGAGGCUGGUCGACAACACCACGAGCUAUGGCCUCACGGGGGCAGUAUUUGCCCAGGAUAAGGAUGUUGUCCGGGAGGCCACAGAGGUGCUGAGGAACGCUGCCGGCAACUUCUACAUCAACGACAAGUCCACUGGCUCAGUGGUGGGCCAGCAGCCCUUCGGGGGGGCCCGAACCUCUGGGACUAAUGACAAGCCAGGAGGGCCCCACUACAUCCUGCGGUGGACGUCACCCCAGGUCAUCAAGGAGACCCACAAGCCUCUGGGGGAUUGGCGCUACCCGUACAUGCAGUGA